AUGGAGCUGAUGGUUGGGCUUUUGUUCGUUGCGGCACUCAACUUCCCCAUCGCUUCCAGUGGGUGGCGUCGAGCCCUCGUCCUACCCGAGACGGAGUACGAGCGCAUCCUGGAACAACCGGCCACCUCAAACCGGAACGCAGUGAGCAUCGAAGGUGCCCCCGAACACGACGAAUCCCCACCAAUGGUGGCGAUGGAGGGCUUCCGGUGUGAGGACGGCUACUUCCGGUGCAACAGCACGCUGCAGUGCAUCGAGCAGAGCAAGAACUGCAACGGCUUUCCGGAUUGUGACGACGGUUCGGACGAGCUCGAGUGUGAUGAUGACGUGGGGCGGAAUUAUUACGACCAUUACUUCCGCAAGCGACCGGCCGCCGUCAAUGAUCAGCUACCGUACACUCCCUGCAGCUGGAAUGACGCUAACAACACCUGCAAAUGCCGCGGCACGGACGUCCUGUGCGAGUACAAGGGCCUGACGGCGCUCCCGUUGGCGCUCGGUUCGGAUAACGUCACCCUGCUCGAUCUGACUGGGAAUGUGUUUCUCGAGCUGAAUAUGAACGUGUUCCAGCGCUUUCCCAAGCUCAGCACACUAGUCCUGCGGCACUGCUCGAUCGAGCGAAUCCAACCGGUCCGGGUGGCCAACAGCAUCGACGCGUUGCACCUGGACCAGAACGCGCUGACGACGCUGCCGGAGGAGUUUUUCCCACCCGGCACGCUGUUGCGGAUACUCGUACUGAGCGGUAAUCGGAUCAAUCGGCUGGGAGCGGGAAACUUUCUCAACCUGGAGUUUCUGGAGGAACUCGAUCUAAAAGACAACCAAAUCGAUUCGCUCACGGAAGACGUGUUGGUUCCGCUGACGAAUCUAAGGACACUUUAUCUAAAUAACAACCGGCUGCGGAGGUUGAUUCCCGGCAUGAUACCACAGCUGGUCACGCUGCAGACGUUGUCGCUGGCAAAGAACCAAAUCGACACCAUCGAAGUGAGCGCGUUGGAUCUUCCUUCACUGGAGCACCUCUACCUUUCGGAGAACCUGCUCACCGUGAUCCGGAACGACACGUUUGCCAAUCUGACGAAUUUAGUAGGCUUAUUCUUAAAUAGCAACAAAAUAACCCACUUCGAGCUGGACGCGUUCGGUGGCGUUGGCAAGCUGGCGACACUCAACCUACAGGGAAACCGAUUCGACCGCAUCGAUCGGCGCGUGCUGGACAACCUUACCAACCUGCACCACAUACACUUUACCGAGUUUCACCACUGCAAGGCGGCACUGCACGUGCGUGUAUGUGAACCCAAAGGCGACGGCAUCAGCAGCAACCGGCAUCUGCUCGACAAUCCCGUCCUGCGAGCAAGUGUGUGGAUAAUGGCGGCGGUUGGCAUCGUGGGCAACUUGCUCGUCCUUUUUGGCCGGUAUAUGGUGGGAUCGCGCAGCAGCCAAGCGCACGCUGAACAUUCACUCUAUCUGCGCCAUCUGGCGGCUAGUGAUCUGCUGAUGGGGGUGUACCUUGGCAUCAUAGCCACCGCGGACAUCAUAUUCAGGGGUGAGUAUCUUACACAUGACGAAGAAUGGCGCAUGAGCUCGGUGUGCGCAUUCAGUGGGUUUCUGAGCACACUCAGCUGCCAAUCGUCGACGCUGUUGCUGACACUCGUCACCUGGGACCGGCUGGUGUCGGUGACGCGUCCACUCUACCAACGAUCCGGCAGCAAAACGCGCGUUAUCCUGCGGCUCGCGUUACUGUGGGGUGUUGCAACGGCAGCUGCUGUUGCGCCACUGUCCGCAACCGAGUACUUUGGGCCACACUUUUACGGCAGCAAUGGCGUUUGCCUAUCGGUACACAUUCACGACCCGUACGCUAUGGGCUGGGAGUACUCGGCCGGGCUGUUUAUUCUCGUCAAUACGGUCUCGCUGCUGUUCAUCGGUAUCUCGUACCUGCGCAUGUUGCAGGCGAUUCGUGUUUCACGGAACGAAACCCGCAACACGCUAAACUGCCGGGAGAAAGUCGUCGCUCGAAGGUUCGCCAUCAUCGUUGCAACCGAUUGCGUGUGCUGGAUGCCGGUGAUUGUUGUUAAGCUAGUUGCCCUGGCAGGGUAUGAAAUUUCACCAUCGCUUUACGCCUGGCUCGCGGUGCUGGUUCUUCCGGUCAAUUCUGCUCUCAAUCCCGUGCUCUACACCUUGACGACGGCUCAGUUCAAGCAACAGCUCGCGCGCUUCUGCUACCGCGUUGCCCUGCCGUGCGGUUCCCAUCCGGACUUCGAUUCCACCGCCAUCGACUCGCGAAACAGCAUGGCCCAGUUCUCGCACAACGGCAGCAAGCGACUGAUGAACCGAAGGGAGCGGCUGUCGACGAACACGAAGGUGUACGAGUUCAAAUAGCAGUCGUCGAAUGGGGCGGAAUGCGACCGGCGCAGUGUCCGUGUCCGCCAUCGUCCCUCGGAUACGGCCUCCGACACGUCCGACCACCGGAACCACCGGCACUGCUUCCUGCCGGCCAGCUCCCACCAUCCAAAACCACCAGGGGGUGGUGGGUUGCGGGCACCCUCACUCCCUUCCUCACCCUCGACAGUCAUCACCAGCUUCGUGGAGCAGGAUGCUCGCGAGGAGCGUGAUGUCCCCGCGAUGGAGCUCGA